AUGCUGCUGCAGCGCAGCCCCCUGCUGCUGCAGCAGCAGCAGCAGCAGCAGCAGCUCCCCCCCCCUCCUCCUCAGCACCAACAGCAGCAGCAGCAGCACAACCACCACCAGCAGCAGCAGCAGCAGCAGCACCAGCAGCAGCAGCAGGAGGAGGAGGAGAAACGUAUUCUCUGCCAGCAGCAACACUACAAUGUAAACAUGUAUUCGGGUGUAUAA